CGCUGGCAGCGAGUUCCUGAUGUUGUGAGGGUUUAGCACGCGCGUCUGUUGACGGUUACAGAAGGGAAGCCCGAGAGCUGAGACGAGCAGCACCGAAACACAGCCAGUACAGACACACACAGACAGACCAUGGCUGAAUGCGCCGCCAAACCUGCAGCCUGUGCCGGCAACGGCGAAGCGGGGAAGUCCAGAAGGGUCGCCAUCAUCACCGGCAUCACCGGCCAGGAUGGCUCCUACUUGGCGGAGUUUCUGCUGGAAAAAGGCUAUGAGGUUCACGGUAUCCUUCGCAGGUCCAGUUCAUUUAACACUGGUCGAAUUGAGCACCUUUACCAUAACCCUCAGACACACACUGAAGGAAGAUCUGGGUCAACACCAGGGUACAUGAAGUUGCACUACGGAGAUCUAACCGACAGCACUUGCCUUGUAAAAAUUAUCAAUGAAGUCAAACCCACAGAAAUCUACAACCUGGGGGCUCAGAGCCACGUCAAGAUCUCCUUCGACCUGGCAGAAUACACCGCUGAUGUUGACGGCGUGGGUACUCUACGGUUGUUGGACGCAAUAAAGACUUGUGGGUUAACAGACACUGUGAAGUUUUACCAGGCCUCCACCAGCGAGCUCUAUGGCAAAGUGCAGGAGAUUCCACAGAAAGAGACCACUCCCUUCUACCCCCGCUCACCUUAUGGUGCUGCUAAACUCUAUGCAUACUGGAUAGUGGUGAACUUCAGGGAGGCGUAUAAUCUUUAUGCUGUGAAUGGGAUUCUUUUCAAUCACGAGAGCCCUCGCAGAGGGUCUAACUUUGUGACCAGGAAAAUCAGUCGCUCAGUGGCAAAGAUCCAUCUUGGCCAGUUGCAGUGCUUCAACCUGGGUAAUCUAGACUCCAUGAGAGACUGGGGACAUGCCAAAGACUAUGUGGAGGCCAUGUGGCUGAUGUUGCAGCAAAAGGAACCAGAGGAUUUCGUCAUUGCAACAGGAGAAGUGCACAGUGUGCGGGAGUUUGUAGAGAGAGCUUUCAAGCAUGUGGGCAAGACCAUUGUAUGGGAAGGGAAGGAUGAGAAAGAAGUAGGCCGGUGUCAGGAGACAGGUGAAAUCCAUGUUCGAGUGGACCCGAAGUACUACCGUCCUACUGAAGUGGACUAUCUGCAGGGUGACAGCACUAAAGCACUGAAAUUGCUUGGAUGGAAGCCACAGGUUACAUUUGAGGAGCUGGUGAAGGAGAUGGUGGAUGCUGAUAUAGAACUCAUGAAGAAUAACCCGACUGCAUGAGCCCACAUGUCAUAGCAGCACAUCAACAUGCCGAGGAACUGUGUGUGUGUGUGUGUGUGUGUGUGUGAGAGUGUGUGAGUGAGUGAGAGAGAUUCUGAUACAUGAAAGAGCACGUUUCAGUAUCUUUCUUUUCAAGCACUCCGUCCUUCUGCCUGCGGUUCCUCUCAAUACAGGAAGACUUGCUGCUUUUUACAUUCCAUUUUCUUUACACUGGCAUAUAUUUGUAAUCUUGAGUGUCUUUACCAUCAAAUCAUUUUUAACCAUUUUUAUAAGAUUUCUUUUUUACUGCCAUUGCAAUCGUGGUGAGGAGGUGUAGGUUAUAUUUAAUUAAAUCAUAGAUUUGUAGAAGAAAUAGUCGGACAAAGCUGUAGAAAACAAGUAUGAAAUUAUAUGAUUAUAUGAAAAAAUGCUUUACUGUAACCUGAAAACUGUUCCUUAACAAAAAGAUCUGUAUAGGACCAUCAUGUGAAAUCCUGUCCUUUCCAUCUGAAAUAUUUAAAUCUGUUUUUUUGUUUAUUAAAAGGAAUUUUGGAUCAUUUUCAAA